UGUUGCAGGUAGGCUACUCUGGGGUCUCGUGCUGCCGUGCGGAUAAAAUGACUAACGUCAGUUUUGAUAAAUCACCGCGUGUAUCAAAGGCCUGGAUCGCUCUGAAACGACUUGAUAAAAACGACGACAGAGUGGUGGCUCUCCGAGAAGUGUCCAUCCCUGCAGCAGCUGACGUCACCAUGAUGACGCAGAUUAUCACCACUACCUUCGGGCUGAACUCCUCUGAAGUCAUAUUCAAGAUAAGAAACCACCGUGGCUGUCUAAUCCCUCUGAACAGCUCAAUCCCUGCUAACAGCAAGCACGUGCCUUAUGUUCUUGAGGUCGUCAAGACUUUUCAGCAUGUGUGUCCAAAGCCCAGAACUGUUCCCAUGACUGUGAUCAACAAGAGCAUGAAGACCAGGCUGCAGACUAUUGACAGGAGGAUUCAGAGACUGGAGGAGUUGCUGCCUCAGAUCAAACUCAGGCGCAAUGAAAAACUAAGCCAGGAGAUUGACAGUCUCAACCAGAAGUUGAGGUUUCUUCAUAAGAGAAUGCAGGUGGCUGAAUCCCACCACUGGAAGGGCGUGCUAACCAGAGCCCCUCUGUGGUAAACUGGGAGUAAUGGUUCUAUUCGUCAUUCACUGGAGAUUUUAUCCUGUCACCACAUGAGGAUGAUGAUCUGGAUUUUUACGACUUAUUUCAUAAAUCCAUGUGUGCAUGAAACUGUGGUUAAAUUGUAUUAGUAUUUUAUAAAUACCGUACUGAUGGGAAAGUUUUUCA